AUGUAAUAAAAUGAGAUGAUUUACCUACUUCAGAAAACUGGAGAUAAAUUAAAGAAUCAAAAAUUAGAGUAAAUGAUAGCACAUAAUCCUUAGAAUACAUAAUUCACAUAACAAUUCUUAUAAUAAUAACUUGAUAAAAAUAAUAGUUAAAAAUAAAGAACUUUGCUUACUUAAAAUGAAUUAAGUUAAGCAAUUAAAAAGUUUCAUUAAUAUAUUUCUAAAAACUAACAGAUAAAUUCUAUUUAAACAUAAUAAUAAUCUCAGGAAACUCAAAAUUUAUAAGAUAACCCUAAGUCUAAAACAAUAAAUUUUGACACAACUUUUUUUAAUGUUUAACCUAAGCAUUCUUAUAAAGUAGCAUAAAAUUUAUCAACAAAAUCAGAUAAUAAAACACAUUCAUAACAUUUUAGAUAAACAUCCAAUAUAAUUAGAAAUAAUGGAAUUGUGGAUAGGUACUAUGAUAAUUUAAUGAGUAGAUAAAUUGUUAAUUCAAAACCAAUUACACCUAAGAGUGGUACUUUUUAAUUUACUUAAGAUUCAUAUAUUUAGUAAGAAUAAACAACAAGAAAUGAAGAAGAAAUAUACUAUAUCCAAAAAGUUAAGUAAGCAAUAUUAUAAUAAAAUAAAAAUGAUCAUUUAAAUAGAGUAUAUCGAAAUCAUUUUAAACAAUUAUGUUAAGAAUUAAGUAUUGGUAUCAAGUUAAAACCUGCAAAUUAUACAGAUAUAAAUAAAAAGGGAGUUAAAUUAUCUUAAUAAAAUAAAUAUAAAGGUAUUUGUAUAAAUAUUUUUAUUAGAUUCUAUAACCUUAGUGUUCGACUUAGAUGAAACAUUAAUACAUUGUAAUUAAAGAGAUUAAAAAUCAUAUGAUGUAAUCCUAACCAUCGAUUUAAAUAAAUCAUAAUAAGUUUUUGCUAAAAUUAAUAUUCGACCAAAUGCCGUUGAAAUAUUAAAAAAAUUAUCAUAAGAUUUUGAAUUAAUAGUUUUUACAGCCUCUGAUCAGAUAUAUGCAAAAAAUAUAAUUGAUUACUUGGAUCCAAAUAAUAAUAUAUUUGCACAUAGACUAUAUAGAGAAUCUUGUAUUUUAACAUCUGGUGGAAUUCUUGUAAAAGAUUUAAGAAUACUUAACAGAAAUUUAGAAAGAGUAGCUUUAAUUGACAAUUCCGCUUUCAAUUUUUCUUAGUAAAUUGACAAUGGGAUACCUAUAAUUCCAUUCUUUGAUAAUAAAUCAGAUGAUGAACUAAAACACUUAUAUAAAUAUUUAUCUGGUAUGAAAGAAUGGCAUGAUGUUAGAGAAUAUAAUAGGUUAUUAUUUUAUUUAAAUUUUAGAAAGCAUCUAUAAUUAUAUAGAUACACAUAGAAUAUUUAAAAUCUAAAAAGUUUUUAAUAAUAAAUUGAUAUUAUUGAAGAUAAAGAUUGA